AGGUAUCACACUUCCACCUCUCUCUCAGACACCUUCUGUUGAGUCUGAGGCAGGGCCCAGUUCCACAAACUCUUCCUGGCCUUAAGUAACCCUCCAAGGCAAUGCAGAGACCCUCACUCUCUUCUAGCAAUGUCUAAACUGAGGUCUGCCGCAGGGCUCUAGCUGGGAUCAGCAGGACGCCAGCCAGAAGCUGCUCCAGAUUUUUGCUGUUCCCUGGUCACAGCCAGCCAUGACGAAGGCUUCUACAUGCAUAUACCACUGCCUUGUCUUAAGUUGGUAUGUUUUCCUCAACCAUUACAUCUCAAUACAAGCAGAGGAUCCAAAGAAAUUAGGAAUCUUUGCACAUGGUGGACAAUGGAAGUACUUGACCUUCCUUAAUCUGUUAUUGCAGGCCAUUUUCUACGGUGUCGCCUGCCUGGAAGAUGUACUGAAAAAAAUUAAAGGGAAAAAAGACAUAAAGUUCCUAACUGCCUUGAGAGACCUGCUUUUCGCCACAUUGGCUUUCCCGAUAUCCACAUUUGUAUUUUUAUCAUUCUGGAGUCUCUUUCUCUACAAUCGAGAACUUGUUUACCCGAAGGUCUUAGAUGAUCUCUUUCCAGAAUGGUUGAAUCAUGCAAUGCACACUUCUAUAUUGCUGCCCACCCUGGUUGAAAUCAUCCUCAGGCCACACGGCUAUCCAAAGAAGAAGAAGGGGCUCUCCUUGUUUACUAUUGCUUCCUUUGCUUACAUUACCAGGGUCCUGUGGAUCUACUCUGAGACAGGGACCUGGGUGUAUCCGGUGUUUGAUAAACUCAGUCCAGUGGGCUUGGCAGCCUUCUUCUUUCUCAGCUACAUCUGUGGUGUCAGUAUUUACCUACUUGGAGAGAAGCUCAACCACUGGAAAUGGGGUGACAUGAUACAGUCAAAGAAGAAGAAGUGAUUACAUGCUCUUUUCCAAGAACUAAGGAGGAAGAAAACAGGGUUUUCUUUACUUUCAUCUUUUUUUUUUUUUUUCUCCUGGUUGGAGGGAGGUGCUGGAGCAACAUAGAAAAUAGAAAAGAUAGGGAAUGAUAUUUAAAUCAAUAAGAAGGUAGCUGAAUUGGAGGACUCUUGCCUUUUUGAGAGGUUCAUUGGACAUGCCAAAAACAAUUCCUGCUGUCUCAGAAUUUGUUACCUUUGUCUGACCUCCUUGGAGAAGGGUCUGUGGUCAAAAUCUGGCCUAAGGCUAAAGAAAUGUAUAUUACACCAGUGUUAAAGAAUGUUAAGAGAGAGAGAAAGAAAUGGGAUAAUCCAAACUCUUCACUGAGGACCUAGAUAAGAAGUUACCUGCAUGAAGCCAAAGAGUUAAUGUCAGAACCAAGAUAAUAGCUUUUUUCUCCCAGAUCUAACUCCCAGUUCCAUAUCACAUUUUAAUAAUCUCAACUUUCCUAAAAAGCAUUUUCAUGAAUUACUUUCAUGGAUUGUUCAUCUAUAUGUUUUUUCUUCUCAAGCUAGAUAGAUGCAGAGGAAGAUGGUUGUUAAUGAAGUUGUCUGUCAGGUGUGAUAGCAAAAUCUUUGGGGCAAUGAGAAAAUAUAAACUCUCUUGGGAGAUCUGUCCCUCUUGUAAGAAAGUAUAAACAUUGAACAUAGUGACAUUGUCAAACUACCUUCCACUCAAAUUUUGAUUAAUUUUUCAAAUAAAUGUACAUAUACUUGGGGAAUAAUCUGGAUGAGGAAUGCUAUGAUUAUGAGGUACAAGGCACUCUCCUGAGCUGUGGGCUUAACAAAGUUGAUUGUCAGGUGAGGAUCCGAUUCACUCCUGAACCCUGCUUUGAUUUUCCUAAUGGAUUUUUUUCCAGGUAUUUAUUUGCAGGCACAUUUUAUAAAGAACAUAAACAACAAAUGUCUAGUGGUGGGUGAACGUGUUUAAGUCUAUUGAAUUGGAUGUGGGCUCUGGUGUUAGGAUUUCCAACUUAAUAUUACACAGGAAAUACUUGGUAAAAUUGAACACUAACAGCAGUUUUGAAGUGCUAGGGAGGAGGCGGAGCACCCCUUAGGGCAGGCAGGCCAAGGGAAAACUUAGGCACCAAGAAAGCCCAACUCCCUUUCCACUAUUAUAUAAAUAUGAUCCUCAGGUCUUUUUGGAGUGAGCUGUGAACAUCACCCACACCUGCUGCUUCUGACUGCUCUGAGCACCUGGUCUCAGCAAGAGCCCAGAAGCAGUUCUCACAGUGGAAAUUCCCCAAAUGUAAAAACCACAGGGGAUCACCCAAAUUUUCCACACCCCCAAAAUGACUCCAACUGCAUAUUUCUCAGAGUCAUAGUAAGCUUUUGGCUGGGAUGAGCCUCCAGAUUUCUAUUUAUGGCUUCACUGUCCCUGGAUCCAAAUUAAACCUGAUUGCUGCAUGACUGACCCUGUGUAAUAUUUAUUCCAGUGCCAGAAAUACCUCAGAACAAUUUCCCAUCGUGCAAGUACGUAAGCAUACAAGCGCGCUCCCUCAGUGCUUGUAGCUAUGAAAGGAGAAGUAAUGCUGACUACACAUUCAUGGGAAGGUGUGUAGUAUCUGCUGCCUAGGUAGGGCUGUGUUAUGCCCUAGUUAGAACACAACCUCAUACAAAACAAAUGAUGAAAAAACUGGUAAUGAGAUUUCUAGUGUCAUGCCUCUUACAAACACACUCGCCUCCACCAUCUCAUUUUAUCUUCAAAAAAUCAUAUAAGUGGGACCUUCCUGGUGGCGCAAGGGGUUAAGCACCACACUAUGAAGCAAUUCACAGCCUCUGCAGCUCAAGUUCAAUCCCCGGCCAGCCAGGGAGGUAACAACAUGGCGCAGCAGACCUCUCCUGACUCGCCCACUGCUCCCCUCAGCAGUGUAUUUCAGUCAGUCUGCCUGUUCUGUUCCCCACUCUGUCUCUGGUGAAUCCUCUCACCCCCCCAUACCUCUGGCCUGUACCCCAGUUCUUGUAUGCAUAGAUAAAUGAAUCUUUAAAAAAAAUCAUAUAAGAUAUCUGUAUGUCUUCAUUUUACAAAUGAGUAAACUGAGUUUCUGAUGUUUUGUUGGAAAAUAUGUAAGAACCAAGUCUUUGGGAAUAAAAACAGAUGCU